UCUGGUGGCCUAAGAUAUACUGGUAAUAUUAUCAAUGCUGCGUAUUACUUUUUUAAUGUAGUUUUUUAUGUUAUUACAUCCGUACAUGUAUUCUAUCAGUCUAGGGCUAAGUGAAUCGCUUGACGAUGAACGUUACUUGUUAAUAUUCUUCUUACUAUUUCUUUUCCUUUUGUUUUUUUUUCCUUCUUCUUUUCUUAUUAUUUUUUUACUUGAUUACCAAUAUAAUAAAAAUAGUUAAAAAAAUAAUAAAAAAAUAAAAAAAUACAAAAAAUUUAUUAUUUAUUUUUGUUCAUUAUUAUUCUGAUUCACUAUUAUCUAUUGAAAUAAAACAAUCCUGUUGACUUGCUAAAAUAAAAAGAAUUGUUAUAUAUAUAUAUAUAUUCGUCGAACCAUAACCUGCUCAUACGUUCGCUCAAAGAGUCAACAUGAAUUUACAAUUUAAGAUCUCAAAUGAUAAUAAUAAUUGUCGUACCCAUAUAUCUGAAAAUCGUUCACCUCCACAAACUAUUCCAUCAUAUAUUCAUUUACGUCCACAUAUUAACAAUAAAAAACCAAAUCUUUAUAAUGCAGGACAAUGAAAAAAUUCCUAUCCUUAUCAAAAAUUUCAAACUGGUUCAGCUACUACUUUUUCUGGUUAUACAAAUAUUACUGGUUUUGCUAAUAAUAUUGAACAUCAAAAACAAACAUACAAUUAUAAUAAUCAAAAGAAAAAUAAUAAAUUACCUUUAAAUAUUAAUCAUAUAUCAUCUCUAAUGCCUCUCAAUUCAUUUCAACAACCAUCACGACGAAAUUGUCGUACGAUUAAACAUGCUGAACAAUUUAAAAAUAAACAUCCGCCAAUUGCAGAUCCCAUAAUAAAAUGUUAUAGAAACGAUAAUAAUAUGAUUAAAAAUAAAAAUAAAUUUAAUGGAUUAAUAUUAUCUGACUCAAUGUGUAAGUAUGUACGAUCAAAAAGCGUAAGUUUAAAUGAUUUAAAGGUAAGAAUAUCAUUUGAAUCAGACUGCGAUUGCAGCCGAAUGCUCAAUUAUUUAGAGAAACAAUCUAUUGAUCAAAAUAAUAUAAUGCUAUCGGAUUUUAUUGUUUUUUCUUUAUGUACUAAUGAUGUAGCAAAUUUAGGACCAAAAAUUGCUCUUCAACAAUGUCGAAUUUUAAUUGAACGUACACGAAUAUUAUUUCCUCAAAUAAAAGCUAUUGGAUGGUUAAAACUCUCGCCAAGAUGGAAACCAUCAAAAUUGUUUAAUUCUAUAGAAAUCAACAAAAAUAAUCAAAUAUUUAAUCAACUUCUAUAUAAAUUAUCAAAAGAAAUGCACUUUGAAAUCAUUGAUGCUAAUCUUCAACAUCAACAUAUGCAUGAAGAUGGCUUGCAUCCAUCCAUAACAUCUGGUCGAAAUCUGAUCGAAAGAGCAAUAUAUAAUUGGUUUUCCAAACAAAAAAGAAUACAUUCAUCAUCCAUACAAUUAAAUACUUGUUCGAUCAAGCCCAUAUCUAAUACAAAUAUAAAUAUUAAUCAACUUAAUCACAAUUAUCAUCAUACUACUAAUACCAACAGUUAUACUCAUCAACGUCACCAUCGUCCUACUACUACACUCUAA